GCACCAACAUGAACCAACUGACAGCAGCAGUUUUCCUGGCAGUGCUGGGCUUCAGCUCCGCAGGCCUGCUGCACGGACUGGGACCACUGCCUGGACCAGGACCCCUGCCGGGACCUGGCCCCCUGCCCGGCCUCCUGAGGCUCGGCCCCGGUCCACUGCCCGGCCCCCUGCCCGGCCCCCUGCCUGGCCCCCUGCAUGCCUAUGCCCCUCUGCACUUGGGCCCUGGCCCCCUGCCUGGACCUGGACCUCUGCCUGGACCAGGCCCUCUCCCUGGACCAGGCCCCUUGAGGCUGGGCCCUGGUCCUCUACCUGGACCCCUGCCUGGUCCCUACCCUGGUCCCCUGGGACAUGGACCUGCUCCUCUGUGGCACUAACUUGCUGCUUCAGGGAAACUUCUCAGUCCCUGAUUUGGUCACCUCCAGC